GAGGGACCGGAAAAGAGGUGGAUCCUUUUUGUCGCGAUGUGGCGAGGCUGUAAGCUGAGCUCCUCCGGGAGUCGAUUUUUAGGCGGGCUUAGGUCGGUGUACCGGGACACACGGGCUGACUGUCCUCGCUUAACCAUGUCGGCGGUUUGUUCAAAGAAUCAGCUCAGUUGGACUCUACAAAUUAAACCAUGGGUUGUCAAUGAAUACAGAAUCAUGUGGUUCAAAUCCUGUAGCAUGAAUUUUGCCUUCUUGAAUAGAAUGAAAAGUUACAGGCUCCCUUGGAUAAGACCAUACAGUACUUCCCCGUCCACUGUAGACAGCAAUGAGGUGAAGACCUUCCUGGCCUUGGCUCACAGGUGGUGGGAUGAACAAGGAGUGUAUGCACCUCUUCAUUCUAUGAACGACCUGAGGGUGCCAUUUAUUAGAGACAAUCUUUUAAAAACAGUUGCUAAUCACCUGCCUGGAAAACCUUUGUCUGGGAUGAAGAUCCUUGAUGUUGGCUGUGGUGGUGGAUUGUUAACAGAACCUCUAGGGCGGCUUGGGGCAUCAGUUAUUGGAAUUGAUCCUGUGGAUGAGAACAUUAAAACAGCACAGCACCAUAAAUCAUUUGACCCAGUCCUGGAUAAGAGGAUAGAGUACAGAGCAUGCUCCCUGGAAGAGAUUGUGGAAGAAACUGCAGAAACGUUUGAUGCUGUUGUAGCUUCUGAAGUUGUAGAACAUGUGAUUGAUCUAGAAACAUUUAUACAGUGCUGCUGUCAAGUGCUAAAACCUGGUGGUUCUUUAUUCAUUACUACAAUCAACAAAACCCAGCUAUCUUAUGCCUUGGGAAUUGUUUUUGCAGAGCAAAUUGCAGGUAUUGUACCAAAAGGUACUCAUACGUGGGAAAAGUUUGUUUCACCUGAAAAGCUAGAGAGCAUUCUGGAAUCAAAUGGUCUGUCAGUUCAAACGGUGACAGGAAUGCUCUACAACCCCUUCUCAGGUUACUGGCACUGGAGUGAAAACACCAGCCUUAACUAUGCAGCUUAUGCUGUGAAAUCCAGCGUCCAGGAACACUCAGGGCCUGAGUUUGCUUUAAAGGGAGAAAGAGAAGAGCUUCGAGCUGAAGCCUCCACCAAUUCAGGUGUGCAUGAAGAGUUGAAGAAAUAAAUUGUUUCUAAGGACUGUAGUAAAACGGCUUGAAAGUCUCAUGUUUACAGUAACACAAAAUAUACUGUUUGUCUUUUGAGACAAGAUCUAAAGAAAGGAAAGUCAAUAAAAACUAGAUAAAGUCAAUAAAAACUA